CUCAAUGAGCACUAUCCAAUAGUCGAUAACCAUUCUUUGUAGUAUCAAACAAACGAGUAAGUUAUGCGGAGUCUUGUGUUAACUCUCAUGGCAUGUUUCUUGUGUACCCUCUCCUCUAAAAUAACAGAAGUGCAAGCAGACCAAGGGCAGCCAGCAGCACAACACAGUUUCGGAUGGAACGAUACUUACUACCGCAUAAUAUUCAAGAAGAACAUGUGGCCUCACGGGGUUGUGUGGUAUGACAUUGACCCUCACGUCCCACCUCGAAUGCGAGAUGGGAUCAAGGGUGCUGUAGACUACAUAAACAACAUUGACAACCUGUGCGUUAUGUGGUUACCAAAAACACCCUUCGACUUCGAUGACACGAUCACUAGUUGGGUCACUUUCCUCUAUUUUCGGGGCGAUUCUGCCAAUAGAACCUAUUGCGGCGCUCAGGUGGCCAGACAAGGCAACCAACAGUUUAUUAGAAUAGGCCACUACUGCAUGAAGAAUUACGCCAGGACACGAGCGGAUAUGAGGAACACAUUACUACACGAAAUGAUGCACGUAAUGGGAUUCCAGCAUGAGCAUGAGCGACCGGACAGAGACUGUUUUGUGUAUGUGGCACCCAACUUUGCUUACCGAAGUGGUGUAGAGAAACUGCCCGGACGCAGCUUUCUAUCAGAGUUCCCUUACGAUGCUCUCAGUGUGACUCACUAUGCCCACGAUGAUGCACUCAGAAUCUUCUACGCACAUGCAGGAAAAAAUCUAACAUUGGGUCGCAGUGAUGGCAAACUCUCGGAUUUCGACAUCGGCAAACUGAACACUCUCUACUGUGGGAUGGAAUCCUGGUGUGAGGAACAUUACCAGUGCAGCCACAUGUAUGACUUCGCUUCAACUCAGCCAAACUGUUGGCGUCAGGGACCCAGAUAUGCUGGAGAGACUCGCCCACCAGGCUGAUUGUAAUGUAGAUAUUGCAUCGCAACUCGAUUCUCUAAUGAACACAACAAAGGAAGAGGGGGUGGGAAUUGCGUCUAACUGGACCGUCAUUACUCCAAGGAGUUGACCAGUUCGCCGAAAUACGCAGUCACUGCUACCAACUCCCUG